AUGCAAAGUCAACGAUGGAUAUUCACGUCACCCGGCGGAGAAGACGAGUAUAAGAAACCAUCGAUCGCUCGACAACAUUACGGAGACACAAUAGCCUUAAAGACGAAACAGAAAAUGGAAAAAAAAGAAACAGAAAAUGAAAAAAAGAGACGGGAAUUUGAAAGAUGUACGUGGGAAAAAAUGACGGAGAAAGUGUUGGACCAGAUGAAAGAAGACCAAAAUAAACUUAAAAAACUACGAGAUGCUCAAGUAAAAGGAAGUUUGUACGGAGAUUCAUAUGUUAAGCCCGGAUUUAAAGUGAAAGAAUUGGGCACCGUUAUUGACGACGAACUUGUAAAAAAAUACCCUCUUUACAUGGAUCCCAGCAAAUCAACCUACUUAAUGAAUAUCUUUUACAAAACAAAAGCAAGAACUGGCGGACAUAGGUCCUAUGAAACAAUGUUCCGAAGAAACAACCAGUUCACUAGUCGUCUGAGCGAUCCGAACGACAUUCACGCUCCGGUCGGUCCUGGUCAUUUCGCAUACAUCUAA